GAAGAACUGCUUCUUCACGCCGAAGCUUGCAUCAUGGAGGCAUUCGAAAGUGAAGUGAUUGCAGCUUUCAAUGAUUCUCCUCUACCUGCACUUCGAACAUCACAUGUGAGCGACUUAGCAGCCAAUGCUCCGUCAAUCGCGAGUCCAGGAGCAGGAUUUGGUAUCACCGUGAAGGCAACUGAUACUCCACCCACAUUGAAUCCAGAAGAGACGGUGACCUCGGAAACUUUAGAAAGGGAAACCAACUCUUCAGAAUUAGACAGUAUUUGGAGUGAUGGAGACGAGGCACACUUCGACUCUCAAGGAACCUCUGAUAGCAAUCAAGUUCCUGGCACUUCCUUUAACCCGAUGAGAAAACCUCAAGUUAUUGGAGCUCUGGCAAACGCUAAUGAUGAUCCGUACAAACCAAAAAUGGAGUGUCCUACCUGUCCUCUACCGGCAUAA